UUACACUUGCCAAAAAAAAGAGUAUAAAGCCAGUAAGAGUCAGUUGAAAUGUCUUGCUAAAGGGAAAGUUUCAAAGAGUAUAUUUUAAUUUAAAAAAAAAAAGUAUUUUUUGCUAUGAUUUGGUUAAGAUUUCUAGAGUUUAUUUGACUUUAUAGAUGUAUAGUUUCUAUAUGAGUAUUUAGUAUAUGUUCCAUAUUUUAUACUCUUACAUUUUAAGUUCCCCCCCCAAAAUAUCACAAUUAUAUUUUUGAAAAGUGUAUCCCACGUCUACUGGUUCCAUCCCCUCAUCACCUUUUUAUUUCCCCUUUGCUUUUGGGGUCGAGACAUUAAAAAUGACUGCGACUGCGGCUGCUUUUCUGUCUGGAUCUGUAUUUGUAUUUGUGGCCGUGCUUCUCUCUGUCUGCUGCCGUUGCUGCUGCUGCUGCUGGUGCAGUUUGGAUCGCUUUUGGGGGCAACAAAAGGGUCCAAAACGGCAGACCAGACGGCAACUGGUGCCGGAUCGAGGAACGACGAGGGGCACUCAGGACGGAGACUGAUUGAUGCCGUCAAAUAAAAAUUUGUUGCGAGUGGCAAGCAGAUCGCUUGGACUGGCUGCUGACCUGAGACUGCGAUUCCCAAUACGACUGGGACUGUACUCGGCAACAACAAUGUUGAGCAAUAUUUGUUGGCAACAUAAAUGGCAGAUGUGCGAUAUCCGGCACAUCUCUAAACACAUAAAUAAUAAAUAAUAAAGUUAAAUUUUAGUCAAAUUUUUCUCACUGCAUAACUGUGAAGGCAAACAAAUGGGAGCUGAACGCAGCUGAUAAACUUGAAGUGCCCACAAUGCGGAAAGCGUUGGAAAGGUGCUGGGAACAGGCUCAAGGACACACAGCGAAGUUUGUACAUACAUACAUAUAUAAAGAACAUACAUAAGUAUGUAUGUAUACAGCCUACGCAUAUUUAAGCUCUUUCACCAUUGCCCCAUCUCGCUCUCUCUCUCUCUUCCGGUCUGCAGACACACAGACGGUGGCGUAUACGUAAUGUGUUUGUAUGGCCCAACAAAAUAAAGCAUACGCACCGUGUUUCCCUCGUUCUUGUUGAUGACGUUAAAUUUUCGGGCUCAUGAAAGCUCAGGCCGGAAUUCAUCGAAAGUUAUGCCACAAAAAUGCGUUCUUCCCUCCUAAGUAAAUAGCACGUGUCCUCACUCAAAAAAAGGGAUCCUAGAUAUUUGUGUGCUCAUGUUUUAUUCUUGUUUUGCUUCUUUUUCUGUUUUUUUUUUUCUUUUCUAUUUGCAUGUGCUUGUGUAUUUUCAUUCAUGGUAUUUAUUUUAAUAUGCCUUGAAAAUAAAUGACAAAAUAAGAAAUGUGUUUGAUGACAGCUUUAGACAUUUAUGCGCAUUUAUGCUAAACUGUUUGGUUUCAAUUUAACUCGGAAGAGAUCCUUGGGCGGAAAAUGGCUUGUUUGUUGAAAUUUCUUAUAAAUGGAAUUGAAGUUCGUUUUAAAAAGGGGAGGCUUAAGAAGGUUAAAAUGGUAUUAUUGCUUAAAGGAUUUGUUAAACAUUUGUUAGAAUAAAAGAAGAUAAUUUAAACAACUCCCAAAUAACUCAUGUGAACUGCAAGAUAUUAUUGUAAAAUGAAACAAUUAAGGGAUUAGCAUUCUGCAGUUUGAGACUUGAGAAUACCUUAAAUUCCUGAAGCACUCCAUGUGAGUAUUGUUCAUCCAGACAGACGACUGCUGCAGGCGGUGGCAGCAACAAAACAAGGGCAAACAAUAAAAUAAACAAACAAACACGCAACGAGGCAGACACACACAUGACAGACAGGAUGGCAAAACUGAUGGCGAAUCGGGGAAACCGGAGACACUGGGGGGGGAGGAAUUCUCUAGACAGCCAGACCUGCAUUAAAUAAAUAUGUGCGUAAUAAAAGGCAAACAAAAAAUGAAAAAAAAAAAAGUAAAAAUAAAUAAAAAAUAAUGUCAAGCAAAUGCGAAGCUGAAAAGCAGCAAAAGAGCAAACCAAUUGAAGUGUGUCGCGCCAAUCGAGCCGCAACACAACACACACACCACACACAACAAUUGCAAUUUGUAUUAAUUUUAUUGGUUUAUUAUUAUCAACGGCGACAUAGCCUCCUCAUCGGAGCGCACGAUUGGUGCCAUCAGACAGUGUUUAUACGUUCCUCGAUUGAAAGCGAGUUAAUUUCAUUUACUGAUUUGUGGGCCCUGCUGUGGGGAAAAGUAUCUGGCUUUGGCUUUGCUUUCGGGCUUUUUUUUCUUUUUACUUAUUCUGACGAUGACUGUGACUCUGAUACUGACUAAGUGUAAUCGCGAAUCGUCAGGCCCAUUCAUCGACUCGAUUCGCAAUCAGAGGCUUUUGCAUUCAGUCGUCUGAGUCUGAGUCUGAGUGUGGCCGAUGAACUGCAAUUGCCCUCAGAUUGCGGUAUCGGUAUCGCGUACUGCCAGUAAAAUUUCAAACGCACGUGUUGUUGCUGUUCUCAAAUAAAAUGAAAUCAUUAAUGGGUGUUUGGUUAAGUAGACAUAGCCAUAAGUAUAUAAAAUAAAAUAUUUAUUAUGCAUUUGUUUUAUGAUUAUUAUUUAAGUACAAAAUUGAAGUUCAUUCUUUUCAUAGCUAGGCAUAUUUUGGGAACCCUUGAAGCAAUUUCUACAGUGAAUAAUAUUUUAUAUUUAUAUUUUACUUGUGGAUACCAAAAUUUACUUUUAUAUAAACUAUUCUGGGAAAGUAAUUUAAUUACUUUCAUUACUUGGAAAGUAAAGUAAUUUCUUCUAGACUUGAAACCAUGUUUUCUAAACCAGAUCAGCCUGUCAGUUAUUAUGGGGUAGGCCUUCACCUUCAAGGGCCCUGGAAUACAUUCCCUCUGAGUCAGAUCGCCCGCCCUCCAUUACCAGCCGAUGUCCGGCAUUAUCGUCUGCCCAUACCCAUUCCAAAUCCCAUUCCCAUUCCCGAUCGUUGCUCCGCGCUGCGUUCAUUGAACGCACUUUCGGCUCUCGACGCACGCGUCGUUAACAAAAAAUGAGAAAAAAUGCAAAGAAAAAAGAAGGGAAACGGGCUCUGUCUCCAGAUACUUGGCCUGGGUAUACGCGUGCAUAAUACAAUAAUAAUUUCGCUUUACAAAAAAAAAUUAAACAAAAAAAAAAGAAUAAGUACACAAAAUAAGCGCAGCCAAUGGCCGAGACAACAGCAGAAGCAGCAGCGAAAGAAAAAAAAGUAGCAGGAAGGAGGAGCCGCACCACCAUCAUCCCGAGGAGCUGAAGGAAAUGAAGGCAGCGGUGGUGGCCGAGGCGGAGGAGAAACCUGCCCAGACAGCGAUCCCAAUCCCGAUCAAUGCACCUUUGGCAAAGGUGCAACGCCUCGACAGAGUCGGGUAUUUUCGCCAGUGCUUGUGUUUGUGCGAGUUGUCUGGCCAGGCAGUGACGCACGAAACGCGAUCACGUUCGCAUUUAUUAAAAGAUGGUUGCUAUUGCACCGGCGAGUGCAUAGGGACCCGAACUUGCUCCCAGAAACCCCGGGCCGUGAGGGGGGACUCUCUUACUGCGACUGUUGCCGGAGACAGAUGUGGGUAACAUUUGCUAGGCGAAAGGAAAAAAAAAGUUGGGGGACUAAAAGUGGGAAAACUCACAUCCCUAGUCGAAUGUGUAAAUAUGCUUUUGAAUUAUAAGAUAUAUAUUAGAAAGAUCAAUCAAAUAUAUAAUAUAUAUACUGCAUAGCAUUAAAACAUUUUCAUCACACUUAUUUAUACAACUAUAGUAUAGUAUGUCUGUAAAUUAUGAAACCUUUUGCAUAAAGUUGAUACAGAAAAGUAAUAAAAUAAAUUAUUAUCCAUAAGAUUAUCCAUAAGAAUAUAAAUUAUCAAGUCUCCCUAGUAAGGGUAUCAAAACUUGCCAGAAGGAGUAAAAACUUGACCAACAUGUGGUUCUGAUGGCUAUUUUUAGACGCCUUGCUAUCUGGUUGUCCGUCUGUCCGUGUGUCCGCUCGUCCGUUUGACUGUCUGGGCUGCAACCCAUCUUAUCCCAGCCCCAGCUACAGCAUCAGUCUGGAGACUUGCAGUAGUAGUUGGAUUUAGCCAGAGUCGAAGUCAGAGUCUUGGUUCAUUAACUGGGACCAAGUUUUAAUCAGAUUUGUGCGUGAAGUUCGGCACUCACCCGGGGCAACAGGCUGCUGCAGCAACAGCCAACAAGAAAUGGGUGGGAUCCCGGGCCGAGUGUGGUUUCUGCAACAAUAUUUUAAUGGGAAGAAUUUUACAAAACGUCUCUCGUCUCAGAAAUGCAUAUUGUCGAACCAGUUCCACCAUCCAGACAACCGAACUGCGGAAGCGUGGCACUAUAAACAAUAUUCUUUUCAUUUUUGUUGCCUUGCCCCUCAUUUUGGUUCUGCAUUCUGGGCCUCUUUCUCGUCUCGUCUCGCAAAUUUCGCAGCAGACAAAUUUAUGAGCGUUAAGUGAAGGCCAAUAAAAUUCUUUUUGUCUGGAGUGUGUUAUUGUUGUUUUGUUUUGAUCAUGGCCCCGGGGGCAGGGGACAUGGGGCAUGGGGCAUGGGGCUACUUCUGGCCAGUUUUAUAUCCAUUUUUAACUUCUUGGCCAGACCUCCGUCAAGUCAUCUCUUUUUUUUGGGAACUCUCCUUCAGUUUUGUCUUUUUUUUGUAUUUCAAUCGGUCGAGUUGAAAAAUAUGCAAAUUGAAAAUGUUUAUGGAUGUGUCUGGAAAAAGUUAUAUUUUCUGAAUGAAAUCUGUGUUCUACAGCCCAGAAAGUUAUAAUCCAUUUCCAUACCAGAUAAUUAAUAGUACCAUCAAUGUGGCUUUCAAAAUAAAAUUAAUCGUUAUUAUCGAUUCUUAUCGUAACUCAUUGGUCGAACUAAUAACUCAGAAGUCAUGAAAUAAGUAUAUGUACUCCCAAUUUACUUUCAGCUUGUCAGUUUUAAAAAGUGCUUAUAAAAUGUGGACAGUAUUAUUGCUUUUGGGCUCCCUAGUUGCAAGCACAUUCUGUCAUGUGACUUUCACCAAUUUGAAGUGCGAAAUGUUCGACAGGAAGUUUGGAAAAUUCGAAAAGUGUUAUAUCAGAGCAGUUAAUCGAACCCAUAAGUACAUCGAUAUAUAUACCAAGUUGUAUAAACUUCCCAUUGAUAAUGUUACGAUUGAAUUAGAACCAAUGCACUAUAACAAUGGCUAUAAAUCAUUUUUACUCGGCAUGAAAGUUGAUGCCUGCAAAUAUCUUAGUAAUCCCAGGCAUCCAUCCCUGUUUCUAUUAAGAGAAUUACACGCAACAAUUGAAAAUGUUUCAAAUAUGAACCAUACCUGUCCUUUCGAUCAUGAUAUAAAAGUCGAAAAAAUGUGGACUGGUAAUCUUGAAAAAGGAUUUUUGAAGUUUCUACCUAUUCCCAAUGGAGACUAUGCCAUUUUUGGAAAAUGGUUCACAUAUAAUAUUCCUCGAGCAAAUGUAAAUGUGUACUUUAAAAUAAAGAAUAAAUAGAACAAAA